GAGCCCUGUGGCCACUGACCCUGAGUGGCAGCGGGUGUCUCCAUGUUUCUCAAGCAGAGGCGAUGCUAGGGGCUAGCCCCCUCCUCAGCCUGGCGAGCUGCCUGCAGGAAACACCUCUCAGUCCUCCCUGGGCUUCCCCAAGGCCGGCGCGCCACGCAGGAGCAGAUGCGUCACCGAGGGAACCGCAGACAGGAGUGGUGUGGGGCUGGUGCGGAGAGGACGUCGGCACCAGCACCUCGCCCCUUCAAGGCCUAGAGAACUGCCUAAGGGACAUCCCUGUCACUGGCCCUCACGGCGCCCGUGUGCCAGCCAGCAUCGCCCUGGCCAGCCCGCAGAGAGACACGGGCCAGGGGAGGCCAGGGGCCGGGGCAUGGAGCUCCCUUGCCGAAGAAGUCAGGACGGAGCAUUCACCGCUGCAAGGGCUCGAGAACUGCCUGAAGGACAUUCCUGUACCUCGCCCUCGCCACGCCAGUACCCCACUCAGCCGCUCCUCUGGGAGCAGCUCGCCGGAUCCACGGGGCAGACUGGAGGCAGCGGAGCAGCCCGUGGAACCUGAAGCAGGGGCAGUCUCAGAGGCCACGGCCCCGCUCCGAGGCUUGGAGAACUGCUUGAAGGACAUCCCUGUAAACAAGCCCAUGCACUCCUGUGUAGCAGCUCGUUACUUCAGCCCAAGACAGGCGCCGGGGUCCUGGCGAGCGUGUGCGGCAGACAGCUCCCCCCCGGACGGACUGCUGACCUGCUUGAUGGAAAUCUCCGCCAGCCCCCUGUCCCGCAGCAGUGCCGAGGGGGAGCAGGACCUGCGGGGUGGUUUGGGCCGACGUUGCCGGCUCCUGAAAUCCCCCGGGGGCCCAUGA